UUCAAGGUUGACAUCGGACACCAUGAGUGCUACCAAGACACAGUAUAGUGAUGCCGCAAGAACAAUGUGGGAAACCACGAACGACGACUACGAGAAGUUUCGGCCGUCCCAUGACAAGGCGGGGGUGAGGGUUCUGCUGGAACACCUGGGCCUUUUAGACGACGUCAAUCAAAGGAACGGGACUCCGCCCACCGAUGACGUCACUCCGAGUCUGGAUAACGUGGCUCCGCGCACAUAUGACUUGUUGGAAGUGGGCGCUGGUACCGGGAAAUGCACACGUGUUAUCAAGGACCUACUGGGAGAGAACGCACGAAUCGUAGCGCUGGAUCCUGUAGCUGGAAUGAUCCAACAGCUGAAGGACAAAGUUCCCGGGGUGGACGUUCUUGUCGGUUUCUGUGAGUCCAUACCGCUUCCCGACAACUCCGUCAAGGCUGUUAUCUCCUCGCAGAGUUUCCAUUUCUACGCGAACGAGGCCGCUCUUCGCGAGAUUCACCGGGUCCUCAUUCCGGGCGGCAAGUUCGGUAUAAAUUUUACGGCGGAUGACGAGGAUUCACCGCUCGUGCACGGCGUUUUAGAUCUGAUAAGGAAGUACAAGUAUCCCGAGUGUCCGGACCACUUUGUGAACCCACUCCUGGACACCAGCUGGAAGGACUGCUUCGAUGCUGCGCCGCUCUUCACCCCACUGCAAGAGCACAUCUUCCCCUGGGAGAACCAACAGACUCUACCUGACGCCGAGUCUGUGGUGAAACUCUUCAUGACAUACAGCCCCAUUGCUCGGGAACCCGAUAUUAGAAAGGAGUGUGCAGAGCGCAUGUUCGAACUGCUCACCACCGACCCAGCCAUUAAGCAGGUGAAUGGCAUUCCGAUGGACAUACCGCGCAUGAGCGCCCUCUACUGGUGUACAAAGAAAUAGCAAUGAAGAUGCAAGAGUCGUAGAA